CGGAAGCGCCUCGGCCUCUGAUCGCCGGGAUCAAAGGGUGGCGGCGCAGCGAGCUAUGGGGUGCGGGGGCGCCCCGCAGGCGGGCGCGGGCCGGCCGGGCCUCGGUGCCGCGUGUUGAGGGGAGCGGCGCUGCGGGGUCGUUGCGCGGCCGUUCCGGGGGGCCGCGGCUGCCGCCCCCCUUCCUGCUGCUGCCUCGGCCUCUCUGCCCCGUGCCCUUCCUCCGCCUUCGCCGGCGAGAACAGGCUCGGAACGCGCAGUGAGCGGGCGCGGGUCUCCUCCGAGGCGGCGAGCCGCAGCCGGCGGUCCGCCUUUGUCUCUUGCGCUGUGUCCAGCAUUGCAAAGGCGUCAGCGCUAAAUUCCCAGGGGCUGAGAAGAUCCCAGGCUGCCUUUCUUGACCUACUGCCCUUUUUUUUUUUUUUCCCCCUAAAUUUUUUUUCUGUAUGCUUAAAGACUAAGUCUUUGGCCUGAUUUUUUUUUUUUUUAAAUUAUUUUUUUCUUCUUCCAUGUUUAAGUAUCUGCAUUGAAUGAACUAAUAAAGAUGGAUAAGAAAUCAUUUGAAACCGUGCUGGAUGAAAUUAGAAAGGCUGUAUUGACUGAGUACAAAUUAAAAGCUAUUGAAUAUGUUCAUGGAUACUUUUCUAGUGAACAGGUUGUUGAGUUGCUGAGAUACUUUUCCUGGGCUGAACCACAGCUCAAGGCAAUAAAGGCUUUACAACAUAAAAUAGUGGCAGUUCCGGCGUCAAAAAUGGUUAAUAUUCUCAACUGCUUCACAUUCAGUAAAGAUAAACUUAUUGCCCUUGAAAUCUUAGCUUCCAACAUUGUUGAUGCUCAGAAUUAUCGCCUUAUUGAAGAUCUGUUCAGAAUUAAUAUGUCAGAGAAGAAAAGAUGCAGAAGAAUUCUUGAACAGGCUUCAAAAACGGGUUGUAAGGCUCCUCAUGCUAUGAUAUCAUCCUGUGGCAUGAUUCCUGGCAACCCUUAUCCCAAGGGCAAACCAAGCCGCAUAAAUGGAAUUUUCCCAGGAACCCCUAUCAAAAAGGACACAGAAGAAUGUACUAAUGAAGGAAAGGGAAUAGCAGCCCGUAUACUUGGACCAUCCAAACCAGCUCCAUCAACCUACAAUCCACACAAACCAGUUCCAUACCCCAUCCCACCAUGUCGGCCACAUGCAACUAUUGCACCAAGUGCUUACAACAAUGCUGGCUUAGUUCCAAUGGCUAACGUCAUAGCUCCAGGCUUACCAGCUCCUCCCCCAUACACUCCUAAUCAAGUGGUAUCAGAAAAUGAGGACCUUUCCAGCCAGGCAAAACCUUCCCAAAAUCAAGCUUUUUCUGCACAAGCGAAUCAGCUCUUUACUCCUCAUGGUUCUAAUCCUUCAACACCUGCUGCUACUCCAGUCCCUACCCCAUCACCUGUCAAGGCAAUAAGCCAUCCAUUAGCACCUGCAACUCCACUCAUCUCUGGGAUGAACAUGUCUACCCCUGUCCUUCCUGUUUUCCCAGGACAGGUCUCCUCUUCCAUCCAUACAUCUCAGCCAUCCACCCCAACCCCUACUGUCAUCAAAUCUCUUUCAUUGCCUGGUGUUCCUGUCACAUCUGUUCACAGUGCAACCUCUACCCCUAUCCCUGCAGUUUUUUCUGGGCUGGCUUCUAUACCCACUGCUACGCCAGCUCCGCAAGGUUCUUCCACACCGUGUGCCACACCUGCACCUAGCGAAGCUUUCGCAUCUGCUACUGCACCAUUUGCUGGCCUCCCGUUUUCUGCAACCUCUUCAAUUGCUUCCGCUAAUAAUCCCACUCCAUUGUCAUCAGUUUUUGCUGGCCUCCCUUUGUCCUUGCCACCCAACGCCCAAGGGAUUUCUAGUCCUGUUCCAUCUACAAUUGUUAAUUCUCCCGCCACUACCAUUCCUGGUUCACUUAGCUUGCCUAACCCAAUUUUGUCUGUCUUAAAGGGAUUUCUGACAUCAAAUGACACUUCAUUAAUCAAUUCAUCUGCUUUACCUUCUGCUAUGACAAGUGAGCUUGCUUCUUUAUCUGCUCUUGCUAAUCAAAGCUCUGACCCUCCCACUUCCUCUGUCAACAAAUGUUACACUCCAUCAGCCACCCCCACCCCACAGCGUUCCUCCACACCCGGCCUGGCCAUUUUUCCAGGUCUUCCAUCCCCAUCUGUAGCCAAUUCUAGUUCCACUCCUCCAACAUUGCCUGCACAGUCACCUUUAACCACUUCGCCAUCGAUUAUGCCAGUCAACUGUGGCUCAUCAGCCUCCCUCUUGCAUGGCACAAGCCCUACUAAUCCUGAUCAGCAGCUGUCAUCAGCCCCAGCUGCCACAAGUAUCCCAGUUCUGGUCAAAACAGAACCCAUGAGUCCUACCCUCUCGGCCUUCAAAGGUCCUACUCAUUCGGCUGGCCCUUCUCAUGGCACUAUAGGGCUGUCAGCACUCGGGCGUGCAUACACCUCAGCAGCUUCAGUGCCAGUCAGUUUACCCAGUUCCCUGAAUCCAGCGCUGUCAGGUCUCUCCUCUUUGAGUGCUCCUCUAAACAAUUCCAGUUCUCUGGCUUCCAUUUCCCUCGCCCCACAUGGCUCCUCUGCUCCUAUUGCCCCUGUGUUCAAUGGACUUCCUCCUUUUACGUCUCUAACCAGUAACUUUGCUUUUACUGGUAAUCCAGCACUUACGCCACCCGUCACUCUCCCAGGGUCUUUGUUAGCUACUCCGUCUACAACCGCUUCAGCCGUGUCUGCCCCUCAUGUGAGUUCCACUGCCGCCGUACUCUCAGGACUCGCCGCCUCAGCAACAGUCUCUGCUCCACCCUUCUCGCUUAACUUGUCCAGUGCCGUCCCUUCCCUUUUUUCUGUUGCCCAGGGACCUCUGGGAUCAUCAAACCCAUCCUUCCCUGGUUUUCCUGUCUCUAACACACCCUCUGUCACUCCUGCUCUCCCUUCUUUCCCUGGCCUCCAGGCAUCUUCUGCAGUAGCAGCAGUUGCACCGUUGCCGGCAGCUGCCACAGCCCCAUCUCCGGCUCCGGUCCUGCCAGGGUUUGCCUCGGCCUUUAGCUCAAACUUCAACUCUGCACUUGUUGCACAGGCUGGCUUGACUUCUGGACUACAGACACCGGGAAAUGCAGUUUUUCCUGGUCUUUUAUCUCUCCCUGGUAUCCCUGGCUUUCCCCAAAGUGCCGCACAAUCUUCCUUGCAGGAAUUGCAGCAUAGUGCGGCUGCACAGUCAGCACUACUACAGGCACAUUCUGCUUCUGCUCUGGAGAACUAUACAGCUCAGCCUGAAGGUUUUGCUAACUAUCCGUCAACACCAGGAACACCAUUUUCAUUGCAGACAAGUCUGCCCCAGAGUGGAUGGCAAUAAAUACCAGACAUUUUUAAAGACUGCAGUGGUUGCUUGACAGAGCCUGAUCCUAUUCACUCUGAAGGCUGUCUCCGCAUUAGUGGGAGCACGGUCUGAACUGGGGAAAGAGGGGGAAAACAUGAGGGUAAAAUGAUUGCAGGAGGCUGUGUCAGAUGUCAAACCUAAUUUGUGAUUGCAUUUAAUUGAUUCAGGGUCUGAUCCUGUGAAUUGCUGAGCAUCCUUGACUCUCCUUUUGGCUUAUGAGUUGAAUGUUUGGUGUCUUACAGGAUCAGGAACGUUCAAACAGAUGUUUAUGUAAAUAGAGCAAUUGGCUGUCAAACUGAAUGGGGAGAACAAGUAUACUUAAUAGUGUGUAUAAGCACCUAUCCUGUUAUGUUUUGUAUGGUAUAUGUGGUUAAUAUAGAAUGAGAUCUAGACUGAAACUAGAUACUUAAAGCUGUAGACGAUCUUUCGUCUAGAUGCACACUUCUUGCGCGUGCAUAGAUCAAGGUCAGUUUAUGGUUCUUCGGAUCUUUUCUUCGUAUGUGUGAGGAUCUCCUGUUAGCGUCAGCAGUAUGUUAAGGGAAGGCUAGAUCAGAGGGGUGUGGGGGUUUUCUUACGCUUUGAGAUAUUGUCAUGGGCUUGCUGCUGAAUUGAGUACUCCUUUGUCUGAAUCUGAAGAGGAGAGCUAGGAAAUGAUGCUGUACUGUAUUUGGGUAGAAGUGGAUUAAGUUUUACUGGAGUAUGGUUUAGCUAGCUGAGAAUAUGUCUUUCCAAAGUAUAUAAAAGCAUUUUCAUUUGCUUCUAAAGUAAUGUUCCAUAACAUUCUCCUGCCCCCACACCUCUCUGUGAAUGAAAUAAUUGUACUGCGGAUAGGCUGCCUAUCCGGCACUUUUGACUGCAGACUUUUGUGAAUGUUUACAGACAUGGGUCAAGUUCUUCUCUCCCUUAUACUCAUAAACUCACUGGUUUUCUAUAUGCUUUUCAGCUAUAAACCACAACCUGAUGGUGCUUAUGUUAUCCUGCGAAUAUAAGUGGGAGCAGAAUUUGGACCAUGGAUUUUUUAGUAUUUUUCCUUGGAAAACGUACAUGAUUUUAAAGGCAUAUAGCUAAAUUAACUGUAUUGAUUAGGAAGGGUUAUGACGCAGCAUAUAGAAAGGUCUUGCUUUGUUAGUGAAAUUCGGUUGUGCACUCUUCUAAUAAUGUUAGUACCUGUGGCAAUGUGUAACACAUCAUUGAAUAUCAUCUAUUUAAGAUAACUCUUGAUCACGUUCUAGAGACAAUAGAGAUGAAUGAUAUUCAAUCCUGUGAUUAAAUUAAAACGUAGAAGAUACUAUACUGUAGAAAAGCUCUGCACCUAGAGUUUUACUUUUUUAAAGAUGAAUUCUGCUGGGAGAUGUUGCUAAUGUAUUUUCUUUCAAGAUGUGAACAAACUUUUUUAGAACAUUAACUGAAAUUCCUGUAUUGGUUUUUAACACAGUUUUUUUAAAUAAAAAGUUUACAGUCAUGGCAAAAAGGCUUUGCUGACUAUUUACAUAUUUGCCUAAAAUACAGAUGAAUAAACUUGUUUUUACUAAGACACUUCCUAAUGUUUGAUCUUGCUUAUGCUGUUUCUUUAUGAUGCAUAAUUACAUACUGAAUUAUAAAACUGGUUUCCUAAAGAGUGGCAAUAGAAAUAUCCUAUGAAGUGUUUAGAUAAAAAAUUUUAAUAGUGUCCUUGAUACUUUGUCAGCAAUUGGGUAGUCUUGCAUUUUAAUAGUCAAAUUUAAAUAUUACUUUAAAUCUAAAGAUAAAAACAUAGUGCACUUUUACAUUUUUUUAUUUUGCAAAACCUGUUGAAUUCUAAUGAUUCUCCACUCUGAACUGCUUUUAAAAUCAGUGCCUUAUAUCUUGACUCAAGAAAUCUGUGGAAGAUAUCUCUACCAUCUUCAUUAUACUUUCCUUCUCAUUCUUUUCAUGACUUGUUCUUUGUGGAUUUGUAGAUCAAUUGGAGAAGGAGAAAAUAAAAAUAUAGGUAUCUUCUCAAGAGCAAAUUGGCUUUUGUCCCAUAGAUGUGAAUGUAAAGUAGUUCAAAGUCAGUAAGCAUUUUGUAACCUUACUGAGGUGCUGAGUUUGAUCUCUGAUUUGAGUCCUAGUUUCCCCAUCAAGCAAUCGAAGUUUAAGCUAACUCACAUUACCUUGUAGUCAAAAAUAAGUACCAGACAUCAGCUGUUAUGCAGUGUUCUAUCAAAAAGUAAGCAGUUUGUAGUCUGUUUCUGAAAACAUCUGUUGAAUGGUCAUGGGGUAUGGGUUGUCGUUCUUUUCUGUCUGAACAUUAGACAACUCAAAGAUACCUAAGAGACUGUGGAGCCCUGUUUCUCCAAAUGAAAGCAGGUGAGUAGUAGUGAAUAUCCACUGUAUUAAAUGCUAUUCUCCUGAAACAACGUACUUGCUAAGUGGUGUCUAGCCACUUUACCUUUACCCAGAAAAGAGUAUUUCAUGCACAGCUGGUGUAGUUUUACAUAGAAGCUCAUCAUUAGUGUUAGACAAGUGAGCAAAUAGGCUAAAAAGCAUUAAACUGUCAAGGUUUUUUUGUCUAGAAUGGUCUCUCUGGUUCUUACCGAAUCAUAUUGAGCAGGAUUUUGUAAAUUGAACUUUCCAGUGGUUUGGACUAAGGUAAGUUUCAAUUUCUUAAAUAUUUCUCCUGAUGUCAAAUUGUUUUUUAUUAAUUUUUUUUUUCUCUUCAGGAAUAAAGUCUGUGUUCUGCAUUGCAGCAAACUCCUGUGACCCAGCCUUAGAAUUUCGGAAGGGGGUGAUUUGUCCUGAGCUCUUUCAUGCUUACUUGAGCACCAUUUUUAAAAAGCCAAGGAAAAGUCCGCUCCUGAGGCAAACCAUGCCAGAUCUUACACUGAGCCUGUGCGGGGAAAGGGCUGUUGCUGUAUGACUUAAUUCUGGACUAACUAUGAUUUUUUCAUUGUUCAAGUUGCCUAUUACUGCUGUGUUUCAGCUAUGUUGACAGACUGCAAAGAUAAGGUGUAGUGAGAUGUUCUUUGAAAUAAAAUCUUUAUUCAGAACAA